UCCGGGUUGUGGAAAAUGUUGUGUUGUCAACAAGAUGUCAGGCCACGAUCACUUGACUCUCUGCCUCUGUGAUUUAAUCAGGUUACUAUGGUCGUUGGUGCUGCCAUGCGUGUACCUGUGCGUGGUGUUAACGAGUGGGCUCUUCCUGCUCAUCCUGGGGGUGCGAGCAUGGCUUCAGAUGAACCGGAAGGCCAGACGGGCUCGUGACCCGGCUCCCGCCGUGGCUUUCUUUCACCCCUACUGUAACGCUGGAGGUGGAGGGGAGAGGGUCCUGUGGUGUGCCCUCAGAGCACUACAGAACCGGUAUCCUGAUGUGCAGUUUGUGGUUUACACUGGAGACCAGGGCGUGACUGGAGAUCAGAUCUUGGCCGGCGCUCGGCGGCGUUUCAACAUCGCCCUGCCGCGGCCGGUCCAGUUUGUGUUCCUGCGGCACCGUCAGCUGGUGGAGGCCAGCCUGUACCCCCACUUCACGCUGCUGGGUCAGAGCGUGGGCUCCAUCUUCCUGGGCUGGGAGGCGCUCUACGAGUUCACGCCGGACCUCUAUAUCGACUCCAUGGGCUACGCCUUCACCCUGCCCAUCUUCCGCUACCUGGGCGGCUGUCGGGUGGGCAGCUAUGUCCACUACCCCACUAUCAGCACAGACAUGCUGUCCGUAGUGCGGGAGAGGAACCCUCGCUUCAACAAUGCGGAUUAUAUCAGCAGCAACCCGCUGCUGAGCGCCAUCAAGGUGAUCUACUACUGUGCCUUCGCUCUGCUGUACGGCCUGGCCGGCUCCUGUAGUGACGUGGUCAUGGUCAACUCCACCUGGACGCUCGGCCACAUCCUGGCGCUGUGGCGGGCGCCAAACCGCACCAGCGUGGUCUACCCGCCCUGCGACGUCCAGUCCUUCCUCGGCGCUCCGCUGGAGGACGAGCAGGAGGAUGGUAAAGAGGGAGCCGAAGACCGCAAGUGUCACUCCGUCGUGUCGGUGGGGCAGUUCCGGCCCGAGAAGGACCACCGGCUCCAGAUCCGGGCGUUUCGGAAGCUCCUGGAGCGCCGAGCGGGGAAGCCAGGGGGGCGGGAGGCGGUGAAGCUGGUGCUGGUGGGGGGAUGCCGUAACCAGGACGACGAGGAGCGGGUGCUGAUGCUGCGGGGUCUCUGCCAGGAGCUGGGCGUGGCCGACAGGGUGGACUUCAAACUCAACAUUCCCUUCGAAGACCUGAAGAAAGAGCUCACCGAGGCGACAGUCGGCCUGCACACCAUGUGGAACGAACACUUUGGCAUCGGUGUGGUGGAGUGCAUGGCUGCAGGAACGGUCAUUCUGGCCCACAAGUCUGGCGGGCCGAAGCUGGACAUCGUGGUCCCGUACGAGGGCGGGCAGACGGGAUUCCUGGCGGACGACGAGGACGGCUACGCCGACGCCAUGGAGCGGAUCCUCUCUCUGACCGCGGCGGAGCGCAUGGAGAUUCGCCGCCGAGCCCGCCAAUCCGUCGCCCGCUUCUCCGAUCAGGAGUUCGAGGCGUCCUUCCUGGCGGCCAUGGAACCGCUGAUGGGCACGCUGGAGCGGUGAGCGGACGGCAGAUGGAUGAAGAGAGUGCACACACACACACACACACUGGACAGACGAGAGAGUGUGGACUGAUUUCUGGACAGACGAGAGAGUGUGGACUGAUUUCUGGACAGACGAGGGAGCAGAUGUGGCCCCAGGGGUGUGUGGGUGAACGGAUGCAUGCGCCCAUGCGGAUAUGCAGAUAUGCGUACACUACCUACCCUUCUGUCCUACAGUAUAGAUCUCCAGUGGGACUCACGCUUGCUUGGCCUGAUGUUCCCACACACACACACACACACACACACACACACACACACCACUGCAUUCCAUCCCUGAGCUCUCACGCACACACACUAAAUCCUGGUAGUAAGACAUGGACGGCAGACUGAUAUGUUGCUUAGUGUAAUCUAAUACUUCACACACACCAUGUGUUGGAUUAAGUUUAGCUUUUCCUGACUUUUCUAGGUUUGGAUGCUGGUACUGAGUUUUACUUGGGGUAAGAGAAACUUUCCUGGAGUAAUAGUCAGACUGCGCCAUCUAGUGGCUAGGAGUGGGUGCAGGGUUACCUCCAGUGCCGCCAGAGUGGAGCAGAGCGUGUGGACAUCAGACUGAAGAGUCUCACUGUUUUUGUCUGUCAUCUUGUCUGACAGGGAAGCUACACCAGGCACAUAACUGAAGCGUUCUGUUCGCGAUGCGUAAAAUCCAUUUUAGAAGACUGGUCUAUUUUUUUCAAACGUACGCACCACUGUCACAUCUGGUGUAGCUACUUCCAUAGAUUACAGUGGAAGCUUAUUGUUGCAGCAGACGCAACGCGAACGGAACGCUUCAGUUACGUGCCUGGUGUAGCUUAGCACUUAGUCAAUGUUUUAUGAUGUGUUCAAACCCCUAAUAUGGUUGCCCUGCCCAGUGUUUUGUUUGUAUUGCAUCACCGUGUCCUACUGCAUUCCCCCCAAACCAUCAUUUCCCGUCUCUGGUAGUUUUAUUCAAUCUUUGACCAACUGUCAUUUCAGUUAGGGGAACUAGUGAUUUGAUCAUUUUUGUUUGUUUUGAUAAAUGGAAUCUCAUUUCUUGCUUUGUUACAAUUCUGUCAGUGCUCAAGACAGUUUGGCUUUAUGUGCGUGUCAACUAGGAAUGUGGAGCUUUCUUGAAAUGAUGAUCCAAAUGAAUGUAUUUCCAAAAUAAAUUAUUUCACAAUA